AGUCCUCAGGGUGUACAGCUGAUCGUCGGUUCCGAGACCCUGUGCCAAGGUGAUCGCACAUGUCGAGUGAUCCACGGAAAAUCUGACAGGAUUAACGUCGAUCAUGUCCGCGAUGUUACGGUGAUCCGGUUGUUUCUGUACCACUCCUCCCCCACCCUCUUCUCGGAUGCUGAACACGGGAACUAUGUGGUGUGAAUCUGUUCGUUUCGUCGACCUCUCGUUCACGUAAUCGCCGAAUGUCGGACGUCGCGACGCCAAAGAACGGUGAACCUGAAGACGCGGAUAGGACUGGCUCGACAGCCGUAGCAUAGGCCGCUGUUCGCGACAGGCUCGUAUAAUGGCCAACGAAAAGAUACUUAAACCGUACAGAACAACGUUACCAGUUCCGGGUCAUUCAGAAGUAAAUCUUUGCUCGGUGUUAUCACUGGGCAAGGAUCUCAGCAAAAUCACUAUGCCCGUCAUUUUCAACGAGCCGCUUUCUUUUCUGCAACGCGUCGCCGAGUACAUGGAGUAUGCGAAGCUGCUGAAGCAGGCUGCCCAAGAAGAGACUCCUGUCAGAAGGCUACAGUAUGUCGCUGCUUUUGCUGUGAGCGCUUUGGCAUCGAACUGGGAAAGACUUGGCAAACCGUUUAAUCCGAUUUUGGGAGAAACGUACGAACUGGAACGCGAGGACUUCCGAAUAGUUUGCGAGCAAGUUUCCCAUCAUCCACCGGUGUCCGCCUUCCAUGCAGACAGCGAGGACUUUGUUUUCCAUGGCAGCAUACACCCUAAAUUAAAAUUCUGGGGAAAAUCGAUAGAGGUGCAUCCAAAAGGCAUUGUCACGGUGGAACUUCCCAAAUGGAAGGAAGCGUACACUUGGCAGAACAUCAACUGUAUACUUCAUAACGUGCUCGUGGGUCAAUUAUGGAUGGAGCAACUCGGCUCUCUGGAGAUCAAACAAAGCGGAGGAGCAAACUUGAAGGCGUCUCUAUCUUUCAAGAGCGCCAGCUGCAACGGCAAGGAUCUUCACCGAGUCGAAGGCUUCAUAACGGAUCAAGAAAAGCGGAAGCUGUUGUUCCUUUACGGAAAAUGGACGGAGCGGAUGAAGGUCUGCGAGCCAUCUUUGUACGAGGAAGCUUUGGAGAAGGUGAAACGAGAAGCGAAAAGUCCUCAAGGAAGUCCAGGACACAAAAAAGUAUUAGCGAAAUUGCACAGUUUAAAAGUCGGAGCGUUUAAACCUUCUCACCAGGAUGCAAUUGAAGAUCCAUCUGCAAGUAUAGAUGGAGAAGAUGUUCCAACGAUCGAUGAUAUUCCUGGAUCCGUCACUCUGUGGGAAGCUUCUCCAAGGCCACCUAAUAGUUCAGAGUAUUACCAGUUUACAACGUUUGCAAUGUCGUUAAACGAGCUAACGCCGGAAAUGGAAAAGGUAUUAUGUCCGACUGACUCGAGAUUAAGGCCAGAUAUCAGGAAAUUGGAAAAUGGCGAUCAGGAUGGUGCAGCGAGUGAAAAAUCAAGGCUCGAAGAAAAGCAAAGAGAAUCGCGAAAAGCUCGAAAGCACAAGAAGGGCCAAGAAUGGACGCCAAGGUGGUUCCAAUUAGGCAUUAAUCCAUACACGGGUCAAGAGGACUGGCUGUACCAAGGAGGAUAUUGGGACCGCAAUUACGUCAAUAUGGAAGAUCUAUUUUAAUAAAUGUGCAGAUCUUAAGCGAUACGGUAACAAGUAUUAAACAAUUGCAAAACGCAAGCUCGCAUAUUCAAGCGAAGAGUUCAUACAAGUUAUUGGUACAUCGUAUGAACAAAUUGUUCGAAUUUAUUUAUUCAUAUUCUUUGUCUUCCUAUUAUUUCUACACACUCAAGUUCAUUAUCUUCCCAUAACUUAAAUAUUAUAAACAAAUACGUACUAAAUUUUAAAAAUGUAAACGUAAAAAACUGUCCAUGGAAAUGAAGAGAAAGAAGCAAUUUUAUUUUUGUAAAACGCAAAUGUUCUGUUCGAAAAAAACGAGUACUAACUGUAUGAAUCAUGCUGAGGAAUCAUGUGAGUCUCCGAGACAAUUAGAUGCGAAACUUUUGUACAACGUGCAGCUUCAAACGACACAUCGUGUGUUUUAUACAGGUUUUUCAGUUACGACAUGUGUAAUGUAACGUGAUAAAUUUAUUUUUAUUGAUGAGACAAUUUAUGCUAAUUGUUCGUGCUGGCAAACACUGGUAUUUUUAGUUAAUAACUUAUCUACGAAAAAUGGAUUCAGCUAUUUUAAUUAUUUUAAACGUUUCUCUAUUCUUUAUAUAAGAAACUGCUAAGAAUGCUAAUUUAUUGAACAAAUUGAUCGAACGUUACAUUAUUCAUGUAUGUACCCUUAUCCACUAAAUGGUUUAACACGUUUGCUAUCACAAAGGAACAUGUGUUAUAAGAUAUACAC